AUGGACCACUUCCCACCUGCUAGUCAGAGCACGAGACACGUCAAGGAGUCCAGCCGCACCCCCCCUUCCCUCCCCGCCACCGCCGCCUCCGCCACAGCCACUGCCACCAGACAGAGCCUCUGCCGCCGCCUUCCCGCCUUCAGCGAGAGCCUGGGCUGGGGCCGCGGCAACGCGCCCGGGCCUGCCUCAGUGUCAGGCCCCGUGGGCAGCGCCAGUCAGUCAGGGGGAGGGCGAGCAAGAGAGCGCCGGGAGGGGGAGGAGGAGGCGGGGGCAAGCGCGUGUGCUGUGAGGGGAACGUGUGGUGUGAGGGGAAGCCGCUGGCCGCCUCCUUGGCGAUGGCUUCGCUCCCCCUCCCCGCUCUCCUCCCGGACCGAGGAGGGAACCACGUUGGCGCUGACCGCCAAAACCUGUAAAAUGGAGCUCAACUCCUAUGACGACGGGGCUGGCGAAACCUCAUUAAAAGAACAGCAAGAAGCAAUGGAACACAUUGACGAAGAACAAAAUGAAAUAGACAGAUUUAAUGAACAAGCCAACGAGGGGAUUUUGAAAGUAGAACGAAAAUAUAACAAAGUCCACCAGCCAUUUCUUCAGAAGAGGUCAGAAUUGAUCGCCAAAAUCCCAAAUUUUGGGGUAACAACAUUUGUCAACCAUUCACAAGUGUCUGCACUGCUUGGGGAGGAAGACAUAGAGGCUCUGCAUUAUUUGACCAGAGUUGAAGUGACAGAAUUUAAAGACAUUAAAUCAGGUUACAAAAUAGAUUUUUAUUUUGAUGAAAAUCCUCACUUUGAAAAUAAAAUUCUCUCCAAAGAAUUCCAUCUGAAUGAGAGUGGUGACCCAUUGUCAAAGUCCACUGAAAUCAACUGGUUCUCAACUUAUGUGGAGGAAAAUAUCUUGAGCAAAAUACAAUGA